AUGGAAACAUUCAUCUUAUUAAAUGAUGACUCAUUGAUUCGAGUUUUAGCUGAUAAAUGUAUUAAAGGGUGUGUAAAGGAUAAUACGCACGCAAUUUUUAAAAUUUCCUUGCUAAGCAUUAUCUUUGAUUUUGAUUCUUUUUCUAAGUUGUUAGAAAAUCAUCCCGCGUUUAUAGCUAGUUUUUUAACUAAAAUAGCAUUUGUUCUUCCUUCCCCUUCCGUGAAUCGAAAAUCAACUUCACAUUUAUCUAGCCAUGGAGUAUACAGUCAUUUAUCUAAAACAUCUUUUAUUGAUAUAUUGGCUUCUAAUAUUUCCAAGAAUUGGAUUAAUUUUAAAGAAAAACACAAAAUAACAUUUUCUUUCAUUAAAAACCGAUUUAUAUACCCAUUAAUAAACAUUUAUUAUCCAAAUUAUACCUCAACUAAACUUUUAAUACCUCUACCAAACUUUGGUUCUUAUCCAAAAGAUUACGAUUUUUGGAAUGAAUUAUGGCGACCUGAACCUAAUUGUUUUACAUAUUUAUCCAACGUUGAAAUGAUUAAUAAUGAAUUUUAUAGAUAUAUUAAUGGAGAGGCCUUCUAUGAAUCUCAUAUAAUUGAACUUCGGAAUAUUGUAAUAGACAUUCAAGACAACAAAUUGAUUUUUUAUAAAAAGCCGUAUUUUUCCAAUAACCUUAUAGAUGCACUCCAACUUCCUGAAAUACAGCCUGACCUUAGACAAAUAGAGAAAAAAAUUGACGAUCUGAGACAAAUUGAGAAAAAAGUUGAUUAUCUGACAAAGCAAGUUGAUGACUUAAAAAAAAGUUCAUGA